AUGGACUCAGAAACAAGCAGCAAUUAUGAAAACAGAAGUUUUAUGCUCCAAGACAAUGAGCUGUUCUCCUCCGAAGAAGACAACAGUCUCUACUUCACCUACAGCGGAGGGUGCAAUGAGCUGGAAGUCAACAACUUGCACUAUGAGGUGGACACGGCAGCUCAGAUCCCCUGGUAUGAGAAGCUAGCAGAGUUUAAGUUACCUUGGGAAGUCACAGGAAACAAACAAAUGGCCAUCAACAACCUCACCCUUCGAGUCCGCAGCGGGCAGAUGCUGGCGGUUAUCGGCAGCUCAGGAUGUGGAAAAACAUCUCUGCUGGACAUCAUAACUUGCAGGGGUGAAGGUGGGACAAUGACGUCGGGUGAGGUUCUGAUAAACGGGAAGCCCAACACGCCUCAGUUAGUGAAAAAAAGCAUUGCUCACGUGCGCCAAGAUGACCGUCUUCUUCCCCACCUCACCGUCAGAGAGACUCUCAGCUUUGUGGCUAAACUGAGGCUGCCCACUCACUUCACACAAGGUCAGAGGGACCAGAGGGUGGACGAUGUCAUUGCAGAGCUGCGGCUGCGACAGUGUGCACACACCAGGGUGGGCAACGACUAUGUGAGGGGUGUUUCUGGAGGAGAGCGAAGGAGGGUCAGCAUCGCUGUGCAGCUUCUCUGGAAUCCUGGAAUUUUAAUCCUGGAUGAGCCAACUUCAGGUUUGGACAGCUUCACCGCCCACAACCUGGUGAUCACGCUGUCGCGCCUAGCCCGGGGAAACCGUCUGGUCCUGCUGUCAGUCCACCAGCCUCGCUCAGACAUCUUCCAGCUCUUUGACCUUGUGGUGCUGCUGUCUUCGGGUUCAGCUGUUUACUUUGGGGCUGCGCAGGACAUGGUGUCCUACUUCACAUCUCUGGGACACCCGUGCCCCCGUUACUGUAACCCUUCUGACUUCUAUGUGGAUCUGAUCAGCAUAGACCGGCGGAGUCCAGAGAAAGAGGCUGAGUGUUUGGAACGAGCCAGACUUCUGUCUGAACAGUUUGCAGAGAAGGUCAGAGACACUGAGGACCACAUGUGGAAAUCUGCUGAAGCCAGCACAGCACAGACCGACGGUAAUCCACAUCAGCCGAGGAGGAGACAGGAAGAAAUCAUCACUAUCUCCAAGGACAGGAACAAACUGCCAGGUGGACUGCACCAGUUUAAAGUACUCAUCAGGCGUCAGCUGUAUAACGACUACAGAGACCUGGUCACCCUAUUGGUGCACGGCUUCGAGGCCCUCCUCAUGUCGCUGCUGAUCGGUUUUUUGUACUACGGGGCCGGAGAAGAGAGGCUGAACAUUCAGGACACGGUGGCGCUCCUCUAUAUGAUUGUUGCUCUCACGCCGUUUGCUGUGGUGCUGGACGUCAUAGCUAAAUGUCACACAGAGAGGGCCAUGCUCUUCCACGAGCUGGAGGACGGCAUGUACUCUGUCACCUCUUACUUCUUUGCUAAGGUGUUGGGGGAGCUGCCAGAACACUGUGUAUUCACCCUGGUCUAUGGUCUGCCUAUAUACUGGCUGGCAGGUCUGAACGAGGCCCCGGAUCGUUUCCUGCUCAACUUCUUGAUGGUCUGGCUGAUGGUUUACUGCAGUCGAUCCAUGGCUCUGUUUGUGGCUGCAGCCCUUCCCACUCUGCAGAUCUCUGCCUUCAUGGGCAACUCUCUGUUCACCGUCUUCUACUUGACAGGUGGUUUUGUCAUCAGCCUGGAGAACAUGUGGCUGGUGGCCUCUUGGCUUUCCUAUGCUUCAUUCAUGCGUUGGGGUUUUGAGGGAAUGCUGCAGCUGCAGUUUAAAGGCAAUAAGUACCCCGUCACCGUGGGAAACUUCACCUUUCAAAUCGAUGGCAUACAAGUGGUGGAGGUCCUGAAUAUGAACCAGUACCCUUUGUUCUCCUGCUACCUGGUCCUGCUGGCAGUCUGCCUGGCCUUCAUGGGACUCUAUUUCCUGUGUCUUAAAUUCAUCAAACAGAAGUCAAGUCAGGACUGGUGACACUCCUCCAGCUUCAGCACUUAUACCAAAAUAAAAAACCUCUCCAAAAAUACACAAAAUCCUGGACAGAAGCUUGUUUUGUUGUGGAUGGAAUGAAAGGUGACCCUAUUCGACUGGUUCGAAUCUGAGUUCUCUCUUGAUUUUACUGUUCAAUUUAUGUCAUUUUACUGUGUAAAAAUCAAUAAAUGAUUCAACAAAUGUUAUGUUUUGAAGGAAUUUAAUGUUUUUUGUAUAACAAAUCAUACUCCAAUUGAAACUGGCAACACAUGUCAGGUUAAAAAACCAAAAUCCUGCAAAAUUGUCAUUUGAAUUUCAUGCAAUACAUCUUCCUGCCGCCGGAUGGCACCAGAGCACUGCAACGUCAUCAAAGUUAAUUUCUUUUCUCCUUUUCUGUGAUGCAAAACGAUUAAAACGUUACUUUAUUAACCCUUUUGCUAUCUUAAAUGACCCCACCCUUACAUUGACGUGUUCUCCCUACCAUGACAAAGGUGGAUAAAGGUGGAAAGAUUUCAUGUAAUCCAUGGACACCAGUGAUGAUCACAAAUCAUUGAAGAAAAAGGUUCAGCGGCAAAGUGCCUAGGAUAGCACAAGGGUUACACUUGUAACUGCAGCUUUUUCAAGCUUAUUGUUUAGCAAAUAUUAUCCUCUUGCCUGUGUUUUAUUUUUUGCUGGUUGAAAGUUUAGAAUAUUGAGUGUAAAGGCUCUAAAAAAAUAAAAGCCUUAUGAGAG